UUUUCAAAAAAGGAAACCAAAUUAAUUGUUUUCCCAAACUCGACAGCGGACAGCCCGUGAAAGCGGGAAGCACGUGGAGCACCAGAGAGGUCCGAAAGCGGACAGGGCAACGCUCCUCGUGGAGGUAGGUGCGACGCUGGGUAAAUUGGUAAUUACAAUGUUUGCACCUGCAGAGAGAGAGAGAGAGAGAGAGAGAUAGCUGCCAUUUCUUCAGUUCCAGUGAGAGUGUGAGACACAGUGAAGACUGAAGUGCCUUUUUCAAUGUGGCAAUUAUUCGCCGCAGCUGUUGCGGCCUCCACAGGGCUCCUCGCCGGAAAACACAUCUUUUUCAAACCCACCGCCGAUACCGAUCCGCCCGCCGAUCACAAUGAGGAACACUGCCUGCACAGGCCCCUACAAUUUCUCCGUCGCGUCGGCAUUUCAGUCUCAGCCGCCUCCCUGGGAGACCAGCGACUUCGAGGAGCAACGAGAAGGGACGAUCUUUAGGUUUUCGAGCGAGGCGGCGUCGGGUCGCGGCGGGAGUGGGACGCGGUUCCGGUUGAGGAAGAGAACCGGUUCGAUCAAGAAGAAAGGGGUUGCUGCUGAGGCUGAGAGAUCUAACGGUACAGAACAGAGGAGGACUGCAAGGAGAGGUGUUGGAGUUUGCUUGAAGAGGAGGAAGACUGGGAAGAAUGUAGCUGCUACCAAAUGUGGAUCGUCUUCUUCCAAAGAUUCAACAUUAUUUUGGUUGGGGACUUAA